AGGAAUUUUAUUUUGAAGGUUUUUUCCCAGAUGUAGAGAAAAGCACACGACGCCGCGGAGAAAAUGGUAGCGUGAAAACAACAACAACAAAAAAACACAACAAAAACGUAAACAUUUGGUUGUAAAAAUGGAGAUGGAGCAACAUCUGUCACGGCGUUUGCACCCCGAAACGCAGUUAAAAUGUGAAGUGUUGCCAUCAGACGUCCUCAAAGUGGUGGUUGUGAAAGAGGAGCAGCAGGAGGAGCCAGACACCCCACACAUGAAAGAGGAAGAGGAGGAGGCUGACAUCUGCAAGUUCCUUGUGAAGAGUGAAGAAGAAGAAGAAGCUGAGUGGUCACGGCUUCAUCGCAGUCCCAGCGAGCAGGCAACGUGCGGUCAAGAAGCAGAGAACGUGUUAGGUCCGCGUGUUCAGGUUGACAUGAGGUCGGACUCCGGCGACACGGACAUCAGUGAGGAUGACUGGAUCAGCAACACCGCGUCCGCCUUCAGGCCCAUGGACCGCAGGGCGGUGGGCGCGAGCGAGAGGUUGGAGCCUCGCGAAGAGUCGCUGUCGUGCUCGCAAUGCGGGAAGACGUUUCCGUCCAAGUUGAGCCUGAAGUGGCACAAGAAGGUUCACGCGGAGAAACUCUUCAGUUGCAUCGUUUGCAGCAAAAGAUUCAGGAAGCGCUCGGACUUGGUGGUUCACUUUCGCAUCCAUUCUGGGGAGAAACCUUACUCAUGCUCGGUGUGCAACGGCAGCUUCGCUAAGAGCAACGCCUUGGUUCAGCACAUGCGAACGCACACCGGCGCCAAACCGUUCAGCUGCUCCGUGUGCGCCAAGAGCUUCUCUCAGAAGGGUCACAUGACCACGCACAUGCGCACGCACACCGGCGCCAAACCCUUCUCUUGCUCGCUCUGCGGGCGGAUGUUUUCCGAGAAGGGUCACUUGACUAGGCACGUGGCGGCGCACUCUGGGGAGAAACCGUUCACCUGCUCGGUGUGCGGCAAAAGGUUCUCUCAAAAGGGUCACAUGACAACACACAUGGUGGCCCACACCGGGGAGAAACCAUUCAGCUGCGACGUUUGCGAGCAACGCUUCACGUGGCAUUCACAGUUUAAAAGACACAAGUGUGCUGGGGGGAAGAGCGCCACCUUGUGAUGCCGCCUCCCUUCUCCUGGUGAUGCGUGGGACAUCUUUCGCAUCAACUGUUGUCUUCUUGUUCCAUCACUGUUGUGGAGUGCGGAUAGAAGUACUUUUUACUCAUUAAAGGACAAAAAUUGUGCAUGUCCACUCUGUUUUUGCAUCCAUGCACGUCAGCCGUUGUCCUUUUACAGACUGGGACAUGAAUUGGCCUCUUGGAGUCACCUCCAUCCUUCCUGCUGGGCUGUGGAUGUUGCCAUGGUAGCGCUGCAUCCAGCAUUUACUAAGUACAUACAUUUAUUUAAGCCCAUAUGCCUUGGAAGCAAACAAUGGUGCAUCAUUAUGAAAAUGAAAAUUGUAAA